GCAGCGCUCGUGACCCGCGCAGUCUCGAUCUGAUGCUGGUGAGUGGCGGACGCGCACGUGUAAAAACUACCUGAGGGGAUAUUUCCAGGGAUUUCUUUAAGCCCGUUACCGAAGAAUCGCCUCUGAAAGUGAAGUUUUCUGCAGUUUGAUCGAGUCUGAGGUAAAAGCACCUGUGCGCGUGCGUUACGCGCCGAUGAUGAUGAAGAUGAUGAUGAGGGAGUUCGCGCUUCUGGACUCUGAAGGACAGACGCCUGGCAUCAGGCUGUGAGAGGGUGAUCAGAGAGACUUUCUAUUGUUGGUAAUGAGAAGGAGCAGCCCCUCUGCCAGCUGGCGGGUCUCCAGAUGUGUGUGGCUGCUGAUUGGAGGAGGCUGUACUGGUGGGUGGUGCUCCAGUGGGUAGUGGGCGUGGCUCUAUCAGGGCCGUGCGCCCAGCGCUGCGACUGUCUGCCAAAGCUCCCGAUAGUCAACUGUUCAUCGAGACAACUCGCUUCUGUUCCCGAGGGCGUCCCUGUCAACACCCACGCGCUCAACCUGAGCAUCAACCAUUUGAAGACUCUGGCGAGGCGGCGGUUCUCUGGCCUGAAGCAGUUGCGUGAGCUGGACCUCAGCGACAACAUGCUAACGGUGAUCGAGGUGGAAGCCUUCGCCGGCCUCCAGAACCUCCUCAUCCUGAGACUGUCCCGCAACCGGCUGAAGAUCAUUCCAGUCGGAGCCUUCUCUGGCCUUCCCAACGUUCAGUUUCUGGACAUCAGCGAGAACGAGAUCUUGGUGUUUCUGGACGACAUGUUCCGAGAGAUGCCGUCUCUGCAGAAACUGGAGGCCAGCGAGAACGACCUGGUGUUCAUCUCGAACCGUGCUUUCAGCGGCCUGGCCAACCUGCAAGAGCUGAAUCUUGAUCGGUGCAACCUGACGUCGGUGCCGGUCGAGGCCCUGUCGCAGCUCACCGGACUCCUGCAGCUGCGUCUCUGCAGACUCGGACUGACAACGCUUCCCAAUAACUCCUUCCGGCAGCUGGUCCGUCUGCAGGAGCUCCGCGUGUCUCACUGCCCCUGGUUGGACUCGCUGGCGGCCAACAGUCUGAUCGGACUCAAUCUCACGUCGCUGACGCUCAGCCACUGCAACCUGAGCGCCGUGCCGUACUCCCCGCUGCAUCACCUCGUCUACCUGCGAUACCUGGACUUGUCCUACAAUCCCAUCACCACCAUCCUUUCCAACCUCCUCGGGGAUUUGCUGCGCCUUCAAGAGUUGCAUUUGGUUGGCGCAGGACUUUUGCGAGUCGAACCGGGUGCUUUCCGCAACCUCGCCUUCUUCCGGCUCCUCAACGCGUCGGACAACCGUUUGGCAACGCUGGAGGAGUCGGCGUUCCACUCUGUUGGUACCUUGGAGGUCCUUCGGUUGGACGGGAACCCACUUGCGUGCGACUGCCGUCUGCUCUGGGUGAUGCGCAGACGCCUGUGGCUUGGCUUCGAUGGACAUUCACCCGCCUGCGGCUCACCUGUGCAGGUACAAGGCCGGAUGUUCCAAGACUUCACAGAGGUCGAGCUUCCCAGGCUGUUCACGUGCCGGCAGGCUCGCAUUCUGACCCGUAAGCCGCAGGACGUUCGGACGGACGAAGGCCACACGGUUCUGUUCUUCUGCGCGGCCGACGGAGACCCGGCGCCGUCGAUUACCUGGCUAAAUCCGAAACGCUCCGUCCUCACUGGCUCAGGCAGAAUCCGCGUCCUUCCCAACGGGACCCUGGAGGUACGUUACGCGCAGGUGCAGGAUAGCGGAUACUACUUGUGUGUCGCCUCGAACGCCGCGGGGAACGACAGUGUCUCCGUGAGCCUGCGGGUUCGCGGGUUUCCGGCAUCCACUCGAAACCGUUCAGGUCCCUUCUUUCUGGAGGGCUGGAGCUUUGCAUCCGGUCAAGCGCCGGUCAACGGAUCGCAACCGUUUCCAUUCGACGUGAAAACGCUGGUGAUCGCGGUGACCAUGGGCUUCCUGUCGUUCCUGAGCUCGGUGGCCGUCUGCUUCAUCUUCAUGUUUUUCUGGAGUCAGAGCAAAGGACAGAUCAAACACACGGCAACAAUCGACUUUGUCCCGCGCAGCUCCGCGUCGGCGGCGGGAGGUGGACGGACGACCAUGGAGACGGGCAGGUUCACCAUGAAACUGAUCUGAAAGUUCUAAGAGGCUUGAGAACAUGAGAUGUUUGAGGUGCUACUAAUCUAUAGUGAUGAACACACAUUUUCGCCACAUAUCCUGAGCGCAUAAGAUGCAUGAAGUAUGAUGUAUGAAUGUCGUUCACUGCAUUAAGGGGAUAGUUCACCCAAAAAUGAAAAUUAUUCCAUGAUUUACACCCAUAUGUGUAUGACUUUCUUCUUUCAGCUGAACACAAUCAGAGUUA